GGGGCAGGGACAGAGACGGGCAGAGACGGGCAGAGGGCAGAGGGCAGAGGGCGGAGCGGCGCCGGAGCGGGCGUCAUGGCGCGGCUCCUCUGGUUGCUCCGAGGCCUGACCCUCGGAGCUGCGCCUCGGCGGGCGGUGCGGGGCCGAGCCGGCGGCGGCGAGCCCUGCACUGGGCCGGUACUGGGGGAGGCAGGGUCUCUUGCAACGUGUGAGCUGCCUCUUGCCAAGAGUGAGUGGCAAAAGAAACUAACCCCAGAGCAGUUCUACGUCACGAGAGAAAAAGGAACGGAACCGCCUUUCAGUGGGAUCUACCUGAAUAACAAGGAAGCAGGAAUGUAUCAUUGCGUGUGCUGUGAUACUCCACUCUUCAGUUCUGAGAAAAAGUACUGCUCCGGCACUGGGUGGCCUUCGUUUUCCGAGGCCCAUGGUACGUCUGGCUCUGAUGAAAGCCACACAGGGAUCCUGAGACGUCUGGACACCUCGUUAGGAUCAGCUCGCACAGAGGUCGUCUGCAAGCAGGGUGUACAGGAAGCAAGGUGCCAGCAUCUGCUUGGAUUCUGGGGAGACCUGAGGGAGCUUUUACUCAUGGCAGAAGCUGAAGGUGGAGCCGGAAUCUCACAUGGCAGAGCAGGAGCAAGACAGAGUGGCAGGGAGAUGCCACGUACUUUUAAACAGCCAGAUCUCUCAAGAACUCACUCACUGUCACCAGGACAGCAUCAAGCCACGAGGGACCUGUUGGGAGCAAGCCCCCCCAAAACUGGCCAUAAGUAAAUAUCUGCAGCAAUGUAACAUGCUCAUAAUGGCCAUAACGCCCAAGCUGGAAGGUUGUGGGUUUACAGGAAUGAGGGCAAGGAACAUCUGGCCCUCCCAGGGCGGAAGACCGCUAAAGGCAUUGUUAAGUCACAGACAAUUAGCAUGAGCGAUCUGUGUCUUAAGGGCGUGUUCCUGCUGUAAUUAAUUUGGCCCAUCCCUUCGUUUCCCUUAAGGGAUACUUUUAGUUAAUUUAAUAUCUAUAGAAACAAUGCUAAUGACUGGUUUGCUGUUAAU